CAAUGCCCCCCCAUUGUCGGUGCGGUGGGCCGUUGGGAGAAGUUUUUCACGAUCGCAGAACAAUAGCCCAGCGAUCCUCUCCACGAAGACGAAACUCACCACAACCGGCUGGCUGGCUGGUAGUAGACGAUUGGCAAGUCAGUCCAGUCUAAGUCACCGUCCGUUGCCGCCACGCGUGUCGUAUUUUGUCACCUUAAUGUUAAAUGUUAGAAGUUAAGAAUAGUUUGUAAUAAAAUAUCAAGUCGAGUUGUGUGUUUAAAUUUAAAUCGCGUGUGAUCUUUUUGAACCGAUGACGGCAAACCAAAUGGCUCAAACCGCCAACAAUUAAAGUGCAUGCAACAGCCAAUAAGGGCCACAGUCCAUCGUGUGAAUCCUAACAUCUUUCCCCCAUGUUGGACGGAGGACGGCAGCACCAGCUAUCAUCGCUAACCCCAGACGGUAAGGUGCAGAGACAAAAAGGUCGUUGACCCCCAACACCCAACAUUUUGGCCACUUCGACCGGAUUUUUCGGACCAUUUUGGAAGCCACCUGGAACGGUACAAGGAACCAUUUUCUUCGCGGGAUCGCCAUUACAACCAAGCCGCCGAGCCCAAGCUUAAUUCGCCAUUGAAAUUAAGCCAACAAUACAUUUCUGCAUGCGCGCCAUUGUCUCUUGGCUUGGCUUGGCUCAACUUGGUGCAUCGGCCCAUCAAUUGCGGGUUUUUUGGAUUCAUCUGCAAUCAACUUGCUGGAGGCUGGCAAGUUUAAACAACACACAUCAACGCAGCGACCGGUGAUUACGAGCCACAACUCAGGUGCCAACGAAUCUGGUCGUUGGUUUGGACCUCGGUGCCUUAGACUCGGAAACAAUCUCCCUGGACUAUCCGUUGGUAAGCUGCAACGAUUGGCGGCGAUUGGAACAUCGCUGUGGGCCUUUAGGUUUCCAGAUCACGGACGGUGAUUGGAACAUCAUCGUCACCAUCAUCAUCGACUGCAGCUCAGACGAGGCGAAAGGUUUCGCUACCCGAUUGCUGGUUUGACGAUCAACACAUAUUGGUUCGAUGUCAGUGGUGCUCAACCUGCGUUAUCAAGCGAUUUGAAAUUUACGUAAGUUAAAUGAAAUCGGGAAAAAUAUUUAUUUUCUUUUGGAAAAAAAUAAUUCUAACGGUAAUUAAUCCUCUUCAACCCAAACACUAUUACCUGAGCCCUGGCGUCAUAGGACAAGAGGUCCAUGACUCGAAGUUUUUCUGUCUGACGGAUUGUUUGGGUUGCUUCCUGGUGCGUUUGCCCGGGGAUUCUGUUGUGAGUUGGAGAGUUCUUUUGAACAAUUGCAAGUUUGGUCAGUUUGUGUCGGACUGUGUCUGGUGGUUCAUGAUUGGCACCGCGAUUGGAAAAUUGCAUUGUAUGUUGAACUCUAAAUCUUGUCGUUUAUACCACAGUGAAGCUGUGAGGUGCUAUAUUGUGAUUUGGACUUGUGUAAUGGAUGUUGGAAACGAUAUCACAAUUAUUUGAAUUUUGUUUGAUCAUGGAAUGCUAAUGCGAAAAUCAAUUACUCAUUUGAAAAUUUAUCACGCUCGGUCAACGUUGUUGUAUUCUGGUGCUGAAAGUGAAUCCGGCCUGUUUUGAGUCUGUUUUGUGUCAGAUUGGUUUACAUAUGAUUUGUGAGAUUGUGUAAGAGAUUUUAUCAGCUUUGGGUUGAUUGUAAUCAAAUUAUAUGAGAUUAAAUUGUCAGAUUGAGUCAGAGAUUUAUCAGCUUUGGGCUGAUUGUAACAAAAACUAUAAGAUAUUGAAUUGUCAGAUUGUGUCAGAGAUUUAUCAGCUUUGGGCUGUUUUACCGUCAGUAACACUGUGUUUGUCAGUUUUUGUUGGAAUUUUUUGGAUUUUGAUUAAUUAUGCCAGUCACAAAGAAGGUGACUUCUGCAGCUGCAGCAACUGCUGCUGCGCCAUCCUUAAAACUAUUGAACGUUAAAUUCAGACAGAUUCAAAUAUCGGCGGGAGACAUUUGGCGUUUUGUCGAUAAUUUUCAAGAAGAAUGUUCUACUUCUGAAAUUGAGGUACGCCUGGAGGAGUUAGACAGUUUAUGGGAACGGUUUAACGAUGCGUUAGUAGACAUUCAAUCGCACGAAGACUUUGAUGAAUUCGAAAAUACCUGCGAAAAAGAUAGGCUACUUUACAGUGAGCAAUAUUACCAUGCAAAAUCGUUUCUGAUGGAGAGAAUUAAAGAGAGGAGGAGGGUUCCGGAAAAUGAUCUAACUUCUCGGGCCAACGAAAGCUUAUCACAAUCCACACUUGAUCAUGUUCGACUUCCUCAGAUCAAGUUGCAGACCUUCAAUGGUGACAUUGAAGAAUGGUUAAGCUUUAGGGAUCUUUAUACUUCGUUGAUUCAUUGGAAACCCGACUUACCUGAAGUGGAAAAGUUCCACUAUUUAAAGGGCUGCUUGCAAGGUGAACCGAAAGCCUUUAUUGACCCUUUGAAAAUUACUCAAGCAAACUAUCAAAUCGCUUGGGAUUUGUUAGUAAAGCGCUAUAAUAACAACAAACAACUUCGGAAAAGACAGGUUCAAGCCCUGUUCCAACUGCCAACACUCACCAAGGAAUCCGUCACAGAUUUGCACGUUCUUUUAGAAGGUUUCGAAAGAAUUGUGCAGACCUUGGAUCAAAUCGUACAACCGGUAGAUUAUAAGGAUCUGCUAUUGGUUCAGAUUCUCUCCUCGCGUCUCGAUCCAGUGACACGCAGAGGAUGGGAAGAAUUUUCGGCAAAUGAGGACCAAGAUUUGAUAAAAAACUUGACGGAAUUCCUGCAGAGACGAGUUCGCGUUUUGGAAUCGUUACCAGCUAAACCAGUUGAGCAAAAACUUCCACAGCAGCAAUUAUCAUCUGUUAAACCAAAACCAUUCGUGAGGCGAAGCUUUAAUACGGUUCAAACGUUCGGCAAACGUUGUGUAGCUUGCGCGUCAGAUCAUCCGCUGUAUCAAUGUUCAAGUUUUCAGCGCAUGGCAGUGGCUGAUCGGGAAAAGCUAUUGCGAACAAAUCAACUGUGUCGGAAUUGUUUCAACAAGGGUCACAAGGCGGUAGAAUGCAGGUCGAAAUACUCUUGCCGACAUUGCAAGGGUCGUCAUCAUAGUCUGGUCUGCUUUGACCACGAAAGGGCAGCAUCAACUAGCUCGGAACAACGCAGAGGUGAACCAACGCGUGCGGAUUCUGACACCAGCUCCACUCAAGUUACUACCUCAGCAGCAACGGUCACGAAAUCAGCGAAUACUUCACAGUGCUCAGCGCAAAUUCUUUUGGCAACCGCAGUGGUGGUUCUAGAGGACGAUUACGGUAAUCGGUAUCCAGCACGGGCUCUUUUGGACUCGGGGUCAGAGAGCAACCUACUCACGGAGCGCAUGAGCCAACGCCUGAAGGUUCCCAGGGAAAGGGUGGACAUUUCGGUGAUUGGAAUCGGGCAAGCAUCCACCAGGGUUAAGCAGAGAAUUCGAGCAUCUGUCAGAUCACGCAUUUCCGAAUUCGAACGGUCGAUGAGUUUCCUCGUUUUGCCAAAGGUAACCGCUAACUUGCCUGUCGCCUCGAUAACCACCAAGGGAUGGAAGAUUCCAAAGGGUAUUGAACUUGCUGAUCCGUCUUUUUCAAUUUCUGGUGAAGUUGACAUCGUUUUGGGUAUUGAAGCUUUCUUUGAAUACUUUGAUAGUGGCAAGAAGAUCCAUCUUGGGGCUGGGCUACCAACACUGAACUAUUCCGUAUUUGGAUGGGUAGUUUGUGGAGGGAUUUCUCAAUCUAGAACCUCUAUCUCCGUGGCGAAUAAUUCCAUUUCGGCAGAAGAAUCCCUAGAAUCCAUGAUGACUCGAUUUUGGUCCCUGGAGGAGGUCGAGUCCCCGGUCGUAUUUUCACCUGAAGAAGCUCGCUGCGAAACCCUAUUUACCCAGACGGUGCAGCGACAGCCUAAUGGACGUUAUACAGUCACUUUACCCAAGAAUGAAAACGUUUUGGCGCAACUUGGCGAAUCUAAGGAGAUCGCAUUGCGGCGUUUUCUAGCCACGGAACGAAGAUUAGCCAGAGAUGAGAACCUGAGGAGUCAAUACAUCGCUUUUAUGGAAGAAUAUGUCAGUUUGGGUCAUAUGCGUAUGGUUCAUGAGUCAGAUUACGAGUCAGCUAUCAAGUCAGUUCAUGGGUCAGAUAUGAGAUCAAGUAAUGAGUCAGUUUAUGAGUCUGUUGAAGAGUCAGCAGGACGGUCUGUUAAAAUGUGUGAGAAUGAGUCUGUAAAUGAGUCUGUUGAGAAGUCAGUUGAUGAGUCAGUUGAUAAGUCAGUAAGAUCAAUGUCAGCGAAUGCGUCUGUAAACAAUGUCAGAAAUUUGUCAGAAGGUAGCAUGGGUAAAAAAUCAGUCGGACGCUGUUAUUUGCCCCACCAUCCGGUGGUUAAAGAGGCCAGCACCACCACGAAGCUGAGAGUGGUAUUCGAUGCUUCUUGCAAAACAUCUUCCGGAAUAUCCCUAAACGAUUCGUUGCUUGUCGGUCCGGUUGUUCAAGAAGAUCUACGAUCGAUCAUCCUACGUUGCCGCACCAAACAGUUUAUGAUAGUCGCUGAUGUGGAGAAAAUGUUUCGUCAGAUUGAAGUCCACCGAUCAGAUCAAUCUCUCCAGUCAAUAUUAUGGAGAUCUUCUCCUACCGAUGAGAUUUCGACCUACGAACUUUGCACGGUGACCUACGGAACAAAACCUGCACCGUUUUUGGCCACACGCACGCUUCGACAACUCGCUAUGGAUGAGGAGGUCAAUUUUCCACUAGCAGCAAGGGCUGUUCUCGACGAUACGUAUAUGGAUGACGUAAUCACAGGAACAGAUGAUGCCUCAGAAGCCGGAACCCUACGAAGUCAACUGGAUGAAUUAAUGUCAAGCGGAGGAUUUCGCUUGAGGAAAUACGCGUCUAAUUGCUUGGAGAUCUUAGGCAAUAUACCCCAAGAAAACUUGGCUAUUCCUUGCUCGGAAGGAAUUCCACUCGAUCUCAAUCCAUCGGUUAAAACUUUGGGCCUUACGUGGAUGCCCUUGUCAGAUGAAUUCAGCUUCCAGUUUUCUUUGCAACCUUUAGACGAUAGCGAGCCUUUAACCAAACGUCGAAUCCUAGCAAUUAUCGCUGCAUUGUUUGAUCCUUUGGGGCUACUUGGAGCUACGAUAGCAAGCGCGAAGAUUUUUAUGCAACUACUUUGGACGUUGCAAGAUGAAAAAGGAGAAAAACUUAAUUGGGAUCAGCCGGUGCCUCAAAUGGUGGGUGAGCAGUGGAAGAAAUAUAAUCGCCAACUUCCGCUUUUAAAUCAAGUCAAGCUCAAUCGUUGUGUCAUCAUGCCUCAGCCGACUUCGGUGGAAUUACACUUCUUUUCUGAUGCAUCUGAGAAGGCUUAUGGUGCGUGUGCCUACGUGCGCAGUCAGAAUCGGGACGGUCAGGUAAAGGUCAGCUUGCUCACUUCAAAAUCGCGAGUAGCACCACUCAAAUGUCAGAGUAUCCCCAGGCUUGAACUCUGCGGGGCCCUUGUGGCCGCAGAGCUCAAUGAACAGAUAAAAAGGUCAGUUAAAACGAGUUUGAGAACAGUUUUUUGGACUGAUUCUACAUGUGUUCUGCGUUGGCUUCAAUCGAUCCCAUCUACUUGGACCACUUUUGUCGCAAACCGAGUCAGCAAAAUCCAAACUCUAACGGAAGGUUGUCAAUGGAAUCACGUUGCCGGAAAAGAAAACCCAGCCGACCGCAUAUCACGCGGAAUAACACCGGAGGAAAUAGUAAACAAUCAAUUUUGGUGGAAUGGUCCUAGUUGGUUGUCGGAUUAUCCAGAUAGUUGGCCUAUUACCACGAGAACAUUCCCUGAAGGGGACGAAGAAAACGAACGAAGGCGUUCCACAAUUGCUGCGACAGGUUCAGAGAAGCAAGAAUUCAACAGAUGGUAUAUUUCGCACUUCUCCUCCUACACAAAGUUGAUUCGUUGCACUGCCAUUUGGAUGAGAUUGUGUCGGUUGCUAAAAAGGUCAGAACAAGGAGUUACGUCUGGAUUUCUUAGAACUGUCGAGUUAGCAGAAGCUGAACACGUUUUAGUUCGGCUUGUUCAGAAAGAAUGUUUCAAUGAUGAGCUUAAGGCACUCUCUAAUGGUGAUUUUGUGUCGCGUCGAUCCCCUCUUCGAUGGUUCAACCCCUUUCUCGAAAAUAAAUCCAUAAAAUUGGGUGGAAGACUUAAAAAUUCCUUGGAACCAGAAACUUUUAAACAUCCUCUUGUUCUCCCAGCUCAGCACUGUUUUACUAAAUUGUUGUUCCGUCAUUAUCAUGAAAAGUUGCUCCAUGGUGGACCCCAGCUGAUGCUCAGCGCAAUAAGGCAACGAUUCUGGCCACUCGGAGGAAGGAGUGGAGUUCGUAAUGUUGUUCACCAAUGCUUGAGAUGUUUCAAGACAAAGCCAACUCCAAUCCAGCAGUUCAUGGGCGAAUUACCUACAGAAAGAGUAACAGCGUCUAGGCCAUUUACAAAAACCGGCGUUGAUUAUUUUGGUCCAAUCUAUGUUCGGCCAGGACCUCGAAAACCAGCUUCUAAGGCCUACGUUGCUCUUUUCGUAUGCCUGUCAACCAAGGCAGUUCAUCUGGAGUUGGUUUCCGAUCUUUCUACUGAUCGUUUUCUCCAGGCACUGCGACGAUUUAUUGGGAGGUGGGGGCGAAUCGCUGAUAUCUUCUCGGACAACGGGACUAAUUUUAUUGGAGCAAAAAAUUAUUUGCAAGAGAUCCACCAACUGUUUACAUCGAAACAACACCAGGAGAUGGUUUCAAAACAUUGUGCUGAUGAGGGGAUACAGUGGCAUUUGAACCCUCCCCGCGCCCCACAUUUCGGUGGACUCUGGGAAGCAGCUGUGCGCUCGGCAAAACACCACAUUCUUAGAGUGAUCGGUGAUCAGCCACUACCAUUUGAAGAUAUGAGUACAUUAUUGGUUCAGGUCGAGAGUUGUCUGAACUCUCGACCGAUAACACAGUUAACAGAUGAUCCUAACGAUCUCGAGCCGCUAACUCCUUCGCAUUUCUGGCUUGGCUCCUCUCUUCAAUGUCUGCCAGAACGAGAUUUGAGAAAUGUAGCAACAAAUCGGUUGAAUAAUUCUCAAAUUGUUCAACAAAAAUUGCAGCAGAUAUGGACUCGGUGGAAGCAGGAGUAUCUCUGCCAACUACAGGCUAGAACGAAGAGGUGGAACAAACCAGUUAAGAUUGAGGUCGGAAAACUGGUGGUGAUCUGUGAUGAUAAUUCUCCACCAAUACACUGGAAGAUGGGCCGGAUUCACGAAGUGCACCCAGGGAUUGAUGGGGUAGUACGGGUCGUUACGCUCAAGACUGCAACAGGGUUUAAAACCAGAGCAGUUGAACGUCUUUGUUUGUUACCCGUUCAACCAGAAAGAGAAGUUGUUGUUGAGUCAAACAUUGUGUAAAAAUCCCAACCUAUUCCUUUCCCCUCCCUUCCCAAAGAAGAGGAUUUUCCUUUUUAUUUUUCAGAAAUCGAGCUAUUUCUGGGUGGGUGAGGAUGUACGAAGGUGAUCGCUCCUAGGUACGCUACUGAUCGCAGCCCAUCAAUGCCCCCCCAUUGUCGGUGCGGUGGGCCGUUGGGAGAAGUUUUUCACGAUCGCAGAACAAUAGCCCAGCGAUCCUCUCCACGAAGACGAAACUCACCACAACCGGCUGGCUGGCUGGUAGUAGACGAUUGGCAAGUCAGUCCAGUCUAAGUCACCGUCCGUUGCCGCCACGCGUGUCGUAUUUUGUCACCUUAAUGUUAAAUGUUAGAAGUUAAGAAUAGUUUGUAAUAAAAUAUCAAGUCGAGUUGUGUGUUUAAAUUUAAAUCGCGUGUGAUCUUUUUGAACCGAUGACGGCAAACCAAAUGGCUCAAACCGCCAACAAUUAAAGUGCAUGCAACAGCCAAUAAGGGCCACAGUCCAUCGUGUGAAUCCUAACAUCUUUCCCCCAUGUUGGACGGAGGACGGCAGCACCAGCUAUCAUCGCUAACCCCAGACGGGAUGCACGCAGUUUCAUAACAGCUGGAAUCGAUGUUCAGCAAGGGAUAAGGCCACGGAGAGGCUUAUAUCACUGGAACCAAUCUUCUCACUCAUACUUAUUAUGAACUGAACCAUAAUGUUGGAUGAUAUCUUAAGCACAUCAAAAGCGAUGUGCCCUUGGUCAAAUAUGGCGAGCUCAAACCGGAAGUAAAAACACAUUAUAGCAAAAUUUUUGUUGCUGGAGUUAGAAUCGAGUCCAAGAUCAAAGAUCUAGACAGCAAGCUUUAAAUAACACGAUCUCACCGGAAGUAAUCGUCUCUUCGCAUCAAUCAAAAGAGUUCAUUACCGGGAAGAAAUGAACCGCUUGCAGGAAGAUCGACCUAAGCUGAAAUAUAUAGAGAAAGGCCGUGCUAAAAUCACAAACAGAUCUUGUUGAGGUAAAAUCGUGACACGUCAGCCGUUUUGUGGACCGAUUCCGUACAUGUUCACUUUCAAACGGAACUGGAAAAAAGAGGCUAAGGAUUGCAGCGCAACACUAAUCGCACAAACACACAUUCCAUAUCGGGUUGGACUAGGAAAGCGAACGAUUGGCUUGGGACAAAUGCGGUAAAAGUGACACAGAACAAAAAAAAAUGCACCGCGUCACCACGACAAAUGGCAUCCCUGGGCACCUGGCUGAAGUCACUUAUCUUGAUAAGCGUGAAAUACAGUUAGCUGGGGCGUAUAUACGCCUGGCACUAGCUGCGGAAAGAAUUCUAGCUUAACUCCUUCCGGCCAAUAACGACGACGACAAUUUCCCGGUUCUUAUUCCCCACACUUCGCGUCAACCACCGUCAUUUGUUCCGAGUCGAGUCGAGUGUGACAAUCCGAAUGAGUUGUGUUCCGCUGUUCUGAGGUAAAUGAAAAACUAUUGUAGAGCACACAGGUCCCUCCCACCACCAACCUCAUUUGAACGGAUGGAAGAAGCAAAAGGUCUCGAAUAGGAAAAUGGAUUCAAGUACAACACACCGUUAGUAUAGUGGGUGGCGAUUAUGGUUCUAGAAUACUAAUGUAAUUAAAACCUAAUGAGCGGGACGCGAGCAAGAGAGAGAUAGAAAGAAAACGCUGAGAAGGGUCGCGAAGGACAAAGGAUACAGCUUGACGAAUUGCCGAGGCUUGAAUUUGAAAUCCCUCGACAUGCAACA